UUGUAAAAUUUAGAUUAUUACAAAUAAUAACACUGAAUUCAAUAAUGUAAUUUAGCCUACAAAAUGAGUCAAGGAAUCUGUUUGGUAUGCUUUUCCGCCACAAGGGUGUUAGAUAUUAAAAACAGUGGUUUGCAGAAUGUGUACGAAGUAUUAUCCGACAGUCAGAUACAAGCUGACUUGCAUCCACUGUGCUACAUUUGCGUUACAAAGCUUCUACAGUGCCAACAGCUUUUAAAACAAAUCAAUAAAGAAAACAGUGAAAAUCAGUCUGAUAUUAAUCCUUUGGUGAGGCUGAAGCUUUGCAAAACUGAAGAGUGGUCGUUACCUCUCGAUUUUGUGGAGAUAGAACUGACUCCAUUAGUCACAGAAAUAGAGAUCAAGAAAGAGUAUAUUAAAGAAAAAUAUGUAGAGGGCGCAGCUGUAGAAUUUGUGGAGAGUCCGGGUCGAGAAUCAAAAAGCCCAGUUGAAGAUGCAAAGAGUGAAUGGAAAAAUUUAAAGGAUUGUUUUACAAAGCAUCACAAAGGUACAAAAUCUACUACGGGACGAGCACCGGCAAAAUAUUUUCACAGGCAAUGGGCGAAGCACAUGGAUAUCAUGAAACCACAUUCAAGCUUUGCGUCAACAAUUACAAACCUGGAGCAACAGUCGAGCUCAGAUGCACAAAGCACCCAUUCGUGCUUGAGUUUACAACGAACGCAGGCGAGGUCUCAUGGAUAUAGCCAGAGAAGACGUCAGAUAUCUUCGGAUAGUAAGAACACGUUUUCAAACACGGACAGAAUUAUUCGGUAUUUAGAAAAUAAGAAAAGUAAUUUUGAUGCCACGGAACUGAUUUUUAAAGGCUAUGCAAAAUCAAUAAAACAAUUUUCAAUUCCACGACAGGCUCGGAUUAAAAUGAACAUUGCUAAAAUGAUUGCGGAGGAAGAGGUUGCACAUUAUGAAGAAACUAUGUUACGAUUCAACCAACCAUCAUCAAAUUACUUACUCUCACCAGUCGGCGCCGCAAACACAUCUCGCAGCUCAAUUUCAUCAGAUCACAAUGCACAGUCAUACAUACAAUCCCAAGAGGCAAACACCAUCCACAAUUCACCAUUUACUCAGUCAACAAAUGACCACUAAAUUACUUUCACCAGUCGCAAACACAUCACGCAGCUCACUUUCACCAGAUCACAAUGCACAGACAUACAUACAAUCCCAAGAGGCAAACACCAUCCAUAAUUCACCAUUUACUCAGUCAACAAACGACCACUAAAUUACUUUCACCAGUCGCAAACACAUCACGCAGCUCACUUUCACCAGAUCACAAUGCACAGUCAUACAUACAAUCCCAAGAGGCAAACACCAUCCACAAUUCACCAUUUACUCAAGUCAACGAACGACCACUAAAAUACUUACCCUCGCCAGUCGCAAACACAUCACGCAGCUCACUUUCACCAGAUCACAAUGCACAGUCAUACAUACAAUCCCAAGAGGCAAACACCAUCCACAAUUCACCAUUUACUCAAGUCAACGAACGACCACUAAAAUACUUACCCUCGCCAGUCGCAAACACAUCACGCAGCUCACUUUCACCAGAUCACAAUGCACAGUCAUACAUACAAUCCCAAAAGGAAAACACCAUACACAAUUCACCAUUUGCUCAAGCCAAUGAAUCGCCACCAGCCCAUAACCAACAAAACUACCCAAAACAAUAAUUAAAUUCAUUCUUCACAAAUUUUAAUUAGGUGUAGCCUGUAGGUACUAUAGAAAACAAAAUUGCCUUAAUCUUUCUUUACCUCGCUUUCCUCUUCUCUCGCUCGUUCGAUCGAACAGUUGCCUAAAAUAUCGCACUCUUGUUU